AGAGUUGGGACGGCACGCGAAGUCCCGGGUGGGGCGCUCAGGACUCGGAGGACCCCGGACGGGCGAGAAAUCGCCCUGGAGACGCGGGGAAGAGCGCAGGCGGUGGCCAGCAGCAGGAGGGGGCCGUAGCGCAGAUUGAGUCAGGCACGCGCGAGGGCAGCCCCCGAGGGCCAUCCCAGAGUUCCCCGCGCCGCCGGGGUCCUAACAGGCAGCACCGUCUUCCGCCGCACGUGUCUGCAGCGAGAUGCCCAAAUCUAAGCGCGAUAAGAAAGUUUCCUUAACCAAAACUGCCAAGAAAGGCUUGGAACUGAAACAGAACCUGAUCGAAGAGCUUCGGAAAUGUGUGGACACGUACAAGUACCUUUUCAUCUUCUCCGUGGCCAACAUGAGGAACAACAAGCUGAAGGACAUCCGGAACGCCUGGAAGCACAGCCGGAUGUUCUUUGGCAAAAACAAAGUGAUGAUGGUGGCGUUGGGUCGAAGCCCAUCUGACGAGUACAAAGACAACCUGCACCAGGUCAGCAAGAAGUUGAGGGGUGAAGUUGGUCUCCUCUUCACCAAUCGCACUAAGGAGGAAGUGAACGAGUGGUUCACCAAAUACACAGAGAUGGACUACGCCCGAGCUGGGAACAAAGCAGCGUUCACCGUGAGCCUGGACCCAGGGCCCCUGGAGCAGUUCCCCCACUCCAUGGAGCCACAGCUGAGGCAGCUGGGCCUGCCCACUGCCCUCAGGAGAGGCGUGGUGACCCUGCUGUCCGACUAUGAGGUGUGCAAAGAGGGCGACGUGCUGACCCCAGAGCAGGCCCGCAUCCUGAAGCUUUUCGGGUAUGAGAUGGCCGAAUUCAAGGUGACCGUCAAAUACAUGUGGGAUGCACAAUCCGGAAGGUUCCAGCAGAUGGGAAAUGAGUUGCCAGAGAGCGCGCCCGAGUCAGAAGAAGAAUCAGAACAAGAAGAUGACAACUGACGGUACUGGGGACUGAAGGCCUCCCGGCCGAUCCAGGUCUCAUCUCGACUGGACCCGCGGGACUGCCGCCACCCCUCUUGGGGCAGCAGCUGUUAUUCUGCUGUGGAUCAAGACGAGGGAGGGCAAUAGGGACAGACUGUUGUUCCAUAAAGAAUAAAACUUCGUCAGCAGGGUGUCUCCCUGUAGAC